UCGGAGAAAGGGAAACCAAUAAAAACCGAAUCCGAAGGACAUCUUCUCCCUUUUCUCGUUUCGAAUUCCCGCCCUCCUCCUUUCUCUUGGACGUUUCUGAACACUGCUCGAGAUCGAGAUCGAGAGAGAUUUGAUUCGGAGUUCGCACUAUCGCACGAUCAGAAUUUCUUCUCCGGAAGCUAAGAUGAGAGCCAAUGUCAAAGGAAAAUGGCGAUUCAGCUCGAAGAGGCUAGGUUUUCCGUACGUUUUCGUGGCGUGUACUUUCUUCUUCGUCAUCGGUUUCUCCUUCUCCAAUCUUCUCUCUCAGGGAAUUUCCGGCGAGAAUCCGAGACGAAGAUCAGUGCGAGAGGAGAAGGAUGUGUUCGAUCCCAUGCCUCGUGGAGAAACAGGGAAUGAUUCUGUCGCCAAGAUCCCAUUCCAGGUUUUGAGCUGGAUGCCUCGAGCUCUUUACUUCCCGAAUUUUGCUACUCCAGAACAAUGCCAAAGCAUAAUCGAUAUGGCAAAACCCCUUCUUAAGCCCUCACGGUUGGCCCUAAGAGAGGGCGAGACGGUCGAGAAUACACAAGGAGUUAGAACAAGCUCUGGCGUGUUCAUUGGUGUUAGUGAAGACAAAUCUGGGCUUUUAAAGGUCAUCGAGGAGAAAAUAGCAAUGGCCACAAUGAUCCCUACAGAUAAUUACGAAGCGUUCAACAUCUUGAGGUAUCAGCUUAAUCAGAAGUAUAGUGCACACUAUGAUGCGUUCAACCCUGCCGAAUACGGACCACAGAAAAGCCAAAGGGUCGCGACUUUACUGUUGUACUUAUCAAACACAGAGGAAGGUGGGGAAACAAUGUUCCCGUACGAGAACGCAGGAAACAUGGACGGAAACUAUGAUUAUGAAGAGUGUAUUGGCCUGAGAGUAAAGCCACGGCAAGGAGAUGCUGUUCUUUUCUACUCAGUGUUCCCGAAUGGCACGAUUGAUGCAACCUCCCUCCAUGGAAGCUGUCCAGUGAUCAAGGGGGAGAAAUGGGUAGCUACCAAGUGGAUAAGAGAUCAAAUGUAUGAAGAUUUUGCAGACUGACCCUGCAAACGCAUGCUCAAGAUCUCAUAGCCGAUUCUCUCUGGCAUUUGGUCGCUUUAUUAUAUGCAGAUUUUACAUGCAUAUAUAUUUAUAUAAACAGAUUUUGCAUAUGGGUAUUCAAGGUGAAGGGUGGAUGACAUCAAUAAAACUCCUGGCUAUUGGAUCAUCAAAAGUGAAGCAAAACAAUCUUUCUCUUACUCAGAAAAGGUUCCAGAAAUUCGCUUCAAGCUGCAGAAAGAUAAUGAUUCCCUAGACCCUAAAAAAAAGAAUCAAAUAAUAAGAUUUUUGGAUUUGUUGAUG